ACGUUAGAGUGUUUGCUAAGGAAUACGAGCCUCUGGACUCUGUCUUUCAACGGAAUGGCUAAUAACGCGUUAAGUAACGGACGCAUUCAUCAUACGACGACACCUCAAAGUUUGAACAUCGAUAGAGGCAAGAAAGUUCCAGAUAUACCAGCGCUAGAAUGUCGGAAUUGGUUACUCCAUAAACAUUACACGCGUCAUGAGUACAAAAUUUGUAAAAUACUCAUAGAAGAAGAACUACUACGAACGAAUGGUUACAAUGAAUUCGCCUCUUACUUGAAGGGGUUGAUACUGAGGAAAGAGGGAAAAGUGCAAGACUCCAUGGAUUGUUUCCAAACUUGCUACACUUUGAACGCGCGAAGCGUAGAUAAUGUGAAGCAAAUAGCAAAGUCGCUAUUUCUAUUAGGAAGUCACAAGAGAUCGCUGGAGGCGUAUUUAGAGGCAGAGAAGAUGAGCGCAUUGUCUGACUGGGAAGUUUUUUACAAACUUGGCGAAUGCUACGUUAAAUUGAAUCAGUUGUCUGAGGGGAAAAAGUGCCUGGAGCGUGCGAUCGGACUGACGUCUGACGAAAGACCUUACCGAACUCUCGCAAGGAUUUACCGCGAGGAAAAUCUUGAAUCGGAGGCCGUCAGGGUUUACCUCUCUGCUCUGAGCGCAUCUCCGGAUAACGUUGACGUCGCAGUUGAACUUGGUCUCCUUUACCUCAAGAUGGGUGACACUCAAAGGGCUUUUCAGCAAUUUGGGCUUGCUCUCGCGCAAUAUCCUUUACGCGCCGAAGCUCUUCUGCCGAUGGCUUCCGUGAUGCAGGGUCAUAAGGAGUUUGACGUUGCCUUGUCUAAGUAUAAAAUAGCUGCGCAAGAGUGCCCGGAGUCGGUUUCACUGUGGAACAAUAUCGGCAUGUGUUUUUACGGGAAAAAAAAAUUCGUUGCGGCAAUUAGCUGCCUGAAGCGAGCGCAUUACUUGAACCCUUUGGCCCCUACGUCAGCCUUCAAUUUAGGCGUCGUUCUACUCUCAACCGGGCAGCCCGCUUCAGCGGCAGUUUAUCUUUGUAACGCGGCAGCCUCCGCUAAUUCUGUCAACUUCAAACAAGCUGGACAGACAUACAUGUUGCUGGGAGUCGCUCUCAAGCAGCUUGAGGACUUUAAGGGCGCAGAAAAAGCCAUGAACAAAGCGUACAGUCUUACCCCACAUGAUCCUCUAGUUCUGGUUAACUUCGCGGUGGUAUUGGAGGCGGCAGGGAGGAAACAACGUGCCUCAGAAAUGCUGGUAGAACUAGACGACAUCCUUACAACCAUCGGGGCUCCUGUGGAGUAUAAUUCCGAGAUCGUGGAAACAGCCCGGAAACUGUCGGCGAAGUUGAAGCAAAACGAAGAGUCCACACCUAAAGAUCACAAAGCUCCCUUUAUCGAUGACGACGAGGUUUAAUAUCCUCCUUCGAUUUUAUUUCCAUUUUCUCGUCAGUCGGGGUCCUCGACCUUUGUCCGGAAGGAACAUAUGUUCACAGGGGAAGGAGAGGGGACCCACAUUUAAAGAUUUUUAAUUUUUGACAGACGCGGCAGAGUAAUACCGAAAAACGUAGCAAGAGGCUGAAAAUAAAUAAAACGAAUGAACAAAAUAAAGAUAUGAAACAUUUGUCCUUGAGGGGACAAUUUAGCCCCAUCCCUCCUUUGUAUAAAAAUAGAAAGGUAUACAGGUGUAUAUGACCUAUGCCGGAUAUUAUACUUAUAAUAGAGAUGCUGAAAUUGCGUGAUAUUAUAAGAUAACCGCGCUGCAGAUACGUAAUGACAUUUAUUGAAUAGAAUUCUAGAAUUAUAAUUUUACGCUACGUCAAAUUCAGUUUCCUCGAUACCUAUACCUCUUAGAGAAUUCACAAUACCAAUCAAACGCAGGACUCGAGGAAAGGUUGUGGAAUGGAAAAACUAAUGAAAUGUUAUAAUAUAUAUAUAUUCACUGGGCGUAGAACGCCUUUUCAGAUUUUCCAUACGUUCGCGUGGUACCUGGAAAUAUGUGUUUGACUUUCAUUCAAGGAUUUAAAUAUUAACGAAACCUGUGUAACCGAAUACAAAUCACAUGUGUAUGAAUAUUGACGAGGUAAUCUUUUUGCGAAAAGUUUUACCGGAGUUGGUAACUGAUCAGUGGUUGGUUUGCAGUGGAAAAUUAUGGUUACGCAGGGGCUAAUGAGAUCUUAAAUCCUCCCCCGGGAUUCCUCGUGAUUUGUCGUCUCCAAGGGCUCCGAGGCAUCAUUGCGAGCGAAACAAUCACCCGUUGUGAUUUGCGGUCAGCACGUAAGCUUCGGAGCUAACUUCCCUCGGUCACGAGAUUGCAUUUCUCGUUGGAAACUUCCGUUCACUUCCUUUAGGCCCAAUUGUUGGAAAGGAAAAAGUGAAAACUAAAACAAUAAAUGGGGAUGAGAUCAAGGGCAUCUGGUGUUGUAGGUGGGAUAAAAUACCAAAGUAAAACAGAUUAAUGUUCGACAAUUGAUAAAUUUCUCGCAAUACUUUGUCUUCCCUCAUAUCAAGUUUUACCCUCCCAAAUUGAUAUCUAUCUAUAUAGCAACUUUUCACACCGUAUAUCAGUCGGAUAUAAUUGAAAACGUCGAAACGACGAACAGGAUUAUCUUGAAGAGAAUUCAGAAAGCUCGUCCUUUUCAAAUUUUCCCAAGCUUUAUUAUAUCUCCCGUUAAAGAUAGCAGCGGAUUGAUAGUAAUUAAGUUCAAGUGGGUUUGGAAGGCCGCCGCGUUGCUCAAUGAAGCAUGAGGAUAGCGACCCGAGGAAUAAGAGGGUGUAAGUAUUUCUGAUCCUCCGUUUUGCGGUUUCUUUCUCAAAUUACUUUAAUACAUGGGUAUAGUACGUACGUUGCGAUAUCUUCGGCAUAAUAUAAUAAAGCACAUGAAAGUAGAGAAUUCAACGUUACGUUUGCAGUUUAACGAUUUUGCACUCGAGUCAAGCGCUGCGAGGCUGGACGUUAUUCUCGGUGUUUAUAAAUUUAUUUAAAUACAAUACGAUAUAGAUAAAGUUUACACAUGUAAUUCACUCCUCGAACACAAUUAUUCAGUCACUCGCUGUAAGCAGCUCAGGUUUUCAGCUGGGCUCAAGAGCUUAAAAAUCCUCGCUGCUCACCCGAUCUCGAUCUAAAAUUCUAAACAUUUUUCUAAUAUACAUAUAUCUAUGUACGUACGUGUAAUCUGUAUAAUUUAAU